AUGACCACGUUACUGAGCGAUAUGCACUUACCCAUGUUGAUCCAAACAACCUUAUCCGAAUCACCUUACAAGUCAGUGCCUUGGAAUAAUCUUGACCAGUUAUCCUGUCUAUGGGGUGUUUUUACCAAGUGUAAAAAUAAUAUUAGAGACGGAGAAAAGAGCUUACACCGCACCAAAUCAUUACCUGACCUCUCUCAAUGGUCUCAUCAAAAGAAGAGUUUCAAAAGACCAAGCCAAAAGUUCUUUAUUACGGAGGAGGAGCCAAUGGAAGAAGUCUCCUUGACAUUUACAAAAAUCACAACUAAUGCAUUAUCAAAGCCAGUUUCCCUCUUAUCAGAUAUGCUCGUUGAGAAUAACUCCGGUCUUCGCCGAUGUCAAUCUCGUUAUAGUCGACUGGACCAAUUUUUUUUAGAGGCUACAACAGCAUAA